UGUGGGGGUCCCGGGCGGGGGCACUGCAGGCUGAGGGGCGUCUGCGAUUGUUCUCAACACCCCUCCCCCACCCCACCCUGUGUGUCUGUUUGUCACUUGCAGCUGAAGAUGGAAAGAGCCAGGCGGAGGGGAGGCGGCGGCGGCCGCGGCCGUGGAGGCAAGAAUAUAGGGGGCUCUGGCCUAAGCAAGAGUAGACUGUAUCCCCAGGCCCAGCACUCUCACUACCCCCACUACGCUGCUUCAGCCACCCCUAAUCAGGCUGGGGGCACAACCGAAAUCCAGGAGCUGGCCUCCAAACGAGUGGACAUCCAAAAAAAGAGGUUUUACCUAGACGUGAAGCAAAGCUCCCGGGGCCGGUUCCUAAAGAUAGCCGAAGUCUGGAUAGGGAGAGGCCGGCAGGACAAUAUCAGAAAGAGUAAGCUGACCCUAUCCUUGUCUGUGGCAGCGGAGCUGAAGGACUGUUUAGGGGACUUCAUCGAGCAUUACGCCCACCUGGGCCUGAAAGGCCACAGGCAAGAGCAUGGCCACAGCAAAGAGCAAGGUUCCAGGAGGAGGCAGAAGCACUCAGCACCCUCCCCGCCAGUCUCCGUUGGGUCUGAAGAGCAUACUCACAGUGUCCUCAAAACAGACUAUAUAGAGAGAGACAAUAGGAAAUAUUACCUAGACCUAAAGGAAAAUCAGCGGGGUCGCUUCCUAAGAAUUAGACAAACCAUGAUGCGGGGAACCGGCAUGAUAGGUUAUUUUGGCCACAGUUUGGGCCAAGAACAGACUAUUGUCCUCCCAGCACAAGGAAUGAUUGAGUUUCGUGAUGCCUUGGUUCAGCUGAUUGAAGACUAUGGCGAAGGGGACAUAGAAGAACGAAGAGGUGGAGAUGAUGACCCACUUGAACUCCCAGAGGGGACUUCUUUCAGAGUGGACAAUAAAAGGUUCUACUUUGAUGUGGGCUCUAAUAAAUAUGGAAUUUUCCUGAAGCUCACAAAUUACCCUAAAUCCAGAGAGAAUAUCAACCCUUUUCACUGUUGUCAAACCAAGCAUAAGGAACAGCCCAAUGAUACUACAAAAACAGUUGAGGAAUAAGGAAUAAAAUCUGUAAUGUUACAGUCCAGAAUAAAGACAUUUGGUGAAAGAAAUGAACCGAAGUUCAUCAUGAAUCCAAGGCUUCUAUACUUGGCAUUCCUCCACGGAAAGGAAGACAAGUAUCAACACCAUUGGCAUCAUUUUCAAACUGAUCUUAUGUGGAAAACCUUCCACCACAGUGGAGUACUUCUUGACUCUUUCCAGAUUUUUGGUUUCUUGUUUAAUUCAUCCAGCCUUUCCAUUUUCAAACCACCAUUUGUCAGCAUUGAGGUACAAGACACGUAGAUUUGAAAAUACUUUCUCAAGAGAUCAUGUAACUAUACAACUCUGAAUUUAAAAAUUGAGGGGGGAGGGAUCAUUCGACCCAAUGCCUCUUACAAGAAACAUUUUUUUAAAAUCUGUAACUGCUGUAGUGUUAACAGGGUACAAAGUGUUUUUUGUCUUGUAUUGUACUUAAAAGGUUCUCAUUGAUUGUGAUCGUAUUGUACUGUAUAAAAAAGAAAUCAUAAAUUGCCUUGUAUUGUUUAUAAUAGACCAUACCAUGUAAUACUUUGGUUUCCAUGUUCCAAGUUUUUCAGUGAUGCAUGUUAACAGUUAGGUCCUAAAAUUCUGUGGUGCUAAUUCUUCCAUAUCCAAUGGUGCUUUUGUGGAUGCUAACUGCACACAUGCUGAACAAAGCUUGAAGUUUAAAACUUUCCUCCCUUCCUCUGUUUAUAUGAAGUAAAAUAAAAUAACUUGAAAUUUGUCUCAAAGUAUCAAUGACAAUCUAAUAAACUGGUUUAUAUGUGUAA